GCCAAACGUCUAUUCCUAAACCAGGAAAAAAUAAAAUAAUCUAAAAGUAAUCCCAAUUCUAACACUAUGCCUUAUUGUACGUUUUACCCUACCACUAACCCCUAAACUGGAAAUGUUUCCAAGUUCGUGCUGGUCAAAAAUCCUUGUGAACACCGAUUUUUCCCUUCGGGUCCCCACAUGUACAUAAACAUAGAUCUGGAUCACACACCCGCCUGCGGGGUGACUUUUUGCUAAUAUAGCCUAACCGUCAAUCCCCUCACACAACAGGACCAUUGACGUCAAUGGAUUUCUGCGUAUCCAAUAGGCGGAGCUUUAUGUCUCUCCCACAAACUUUCUAAUUGCUCAACAAAACAAUCCAUCCAGCCCAAUAGGGCUCUCAUUGGUGGAUACUUACAGAGGGAUAAACCUGAGAUGGCAAGAUUACUAAAAGAACGACCAAUUGACUGCAACUUCGAGUCGACAAAGCUAACGAUACAUCUCCGGUCUUAUUGUAUCAGUAUUGACAAAAUUAACCGUAGCUAUACAGAAACAGCACAAAAUGGCCAGAGGAGACAGAAUACAAACGACUGUCAUUAUCGUGUUACGGGUGCUCUCUUCACCAUCAUUGUUUUGGUCUUACAUGUCAACUACCAAGUGCCUAACAGACCCCUUCAAACUACACAAGUGACGGCCAACCUUUCUGACGUGGGGGGGGAAGAAUCGGCAACUCUAAUCUGGUUCAGGAGAACAGAACAGCAAUUCAUGGUAAGACCAUCUAGCAGGCCCGUCUCUCCGCUCUUGGUGCUUUAUCCCAGGGAAGGAUGGAUACGGAAGCAGCCUCUCCAUCUCCCUCCCCCACUGUGGCAGGGCCCUCCACUCUGUGGCGUCUGGCAGAGCGGAGGAGCAGGAAGGCUGGCUCCGGCAACAUCUUCGGUGGGGUGAAUCUGCGUCAGCUGCAGAGGCUGUUCACGGCUGCUGGGGACCAGGAUGCAGAGCAGAGGGCCCAACUGGUGUGGGGCCAUGAGGACGAGGCUGAGCUGGCCCAGGCCCUGAUCGGUCUGAGGGCCAGGGGCCGACGGAGGGGAAUCAGGGCGGAGGGAAGAGAGACACUUGGGCCACGUUGGCUCCAAGCUUUUAAUCAUCUAAGGAUUGGCGAGAGUUCGGCGAGCGGCCAGCAGAGCAUAGAGCAGCCUUCUGCCUGCAAGACUGAGUCAGGAGCCGCCCACAGCAGACCAGACACACAGGGCCCUGAGGCCUCGAGAGGAGCUGAAGAAACCGCUAAGGACGAAAGCCAGACCUCUGGGAGACAAGCCAGGCCAGGACCACUGCUGAAGAAGGGAGGGGCGAGCGACCCGGAGAGGUACCUCCACCGUGUCCUACACUGACGCGUACAACGAUUAGGGUGGAGGAGCAACGCUACCCCUGGAUCCCUCCACCCUAAUGGUUAGCGUGAGCAUUAGAGGAUGGAAAGAUCCAGUCCAGGGAAGGACAAAGGUCUGUUUGUUGAUCUACAUCUUGAGACAGGGAAAAACAAUUCUGAUGCGUGAAGACCCGGACCUGCAAGAUGAGUGACAUUAGGAGGUUUGAUAGUCUCACGGCAUCACGUCCUGUCUCAGGAGCUGCCUUAUAAGUUCUUCCAAAUACUUUUCUGUUGUUUUUCCUUAUGUGUCUAUUCAGCACUACAUACUAAAUCCUGAGCUAGACAUACGUUUAAAAUUCUCAACUGGACAUGUAAAGGUGCAUCCACAAAAAGAAAAGGAGUUUCAACUGGAAAGGAGAGUUUUAGAAUCAAGUCUAGAGACAUAGUACUAUAACACUGCCGUUUCCUUCCUGUUUGUAGAGAAAAGGCUUCUGUCUUUCUCAGACACACACACACACACACAGUCAAGGUUUCACUAUAAACUGAAAAGCAUCAGCAGCCAGCUAAGCUUCAAAGUCGUACUUCAUUAAGAGGUGUCUACAUCAGACAAACAGCAGACAGUAAGCCAACUAGAGUCCAUAUUCCUCUAUACUGUAGAUCAUUCAUUGGUGCUGAAUCAUUGUGAAUACAUCCCAUGACAAGAGCCAGGAGUCUUUUUUUGAGCCUGAGAUCACCUGACCCAGAAAAUCUCUGGGCCCCAGAUGUUGGCAAUAAAUUCAGUAUAACUAGAGGAAACUGGGCAUCAUAUGUUGGGGAUUUAAAGGAUUAAGGAUUACAUUAUUAUGGCCAUCAGAUGCACAAGUAUUCUUUUACUUUUAAAGAUGGCAUGAAAAGUGAAAGAACAACAGUAGUUUUCUCUAGGUCAUUCGUUAUUCAAAAGUCUAAUGUCUGAAAUGUGUAGGGACAAACUACAAGACCAACCUUUAACACUUUAUGAUCAGUGUGUAACUGUAUAUAAGAAGGUAUUUAUAUAAUUUCUACCUGAUUUGUGGGGGGGUUGUUUCAGGUUUUAUUCAUCGGCCAGUAACAACUAAAUAUUUCUCAAAGUAAUGAUAUUUGAGUUGGACAUACCAAGAAGUCUAGAUGCAAUAUAAAAUUGGUUAACAAAUGAAGUGUGACAGACUGGUCAUACCAGAAUUCUUACAGUCAUUUUUUUACUGUGCCUAUUUUAAAGCAACAGGGUAGCAGCAAAUGCAUACAUAUUUUCUCAUACCUGGUCAAUGUCUAAAGACAGAAAGAUGGAAAAGAAGUGUGUACUUAAAUGAUAUGUGCACUUUUAAUGACACUACAGUGACACUAAUGACACUACAGUACUUACAUUUUAGUCAUUUAUAUACUUCAGUGAUUGCAUACAGUUAUGUAUAGUGUUUUUCUUCUUGACUGGCUGGGUAGAGAAAACAUUGAAAUAUAAUGUCUUAUGAUAAACAUUUACUGUGAAUACAUAGUUUGAUUAAAGAUGGGUUUGGAUAAUAUUGAGAA